AUGAGGCGUGCAGUCACAAAUAGCAAGAACAUGUCUUCGUGCCCGGCCAUUCGAAUCACACGAGCUCGUGCAAAAACCUUGGCAAAACAAAGUGACAAUGUUUCCCAAACAAACGCGAAAAGGCCAGCUGGCGGUGAAAAGAAGCUGCCUGCAGGGGAUUUAGACGUUUGCCCUAAGAGAAGGGCCGUGUUUAAGGAUGUUACUAAUGUAACACGACAAAAUGCCGAUGUGAAAUCGAAAAAUGCAGGAAGAGAUGAGCUAAGCAAACGUGACAAAGAAGUUGCUUUGCAGGCAGAGGGAGAAGUGGCACCUCUUUGUAUUGCUAAAAUGCUCCAAAUUCAAGAGGAGAAAAGAGAAAGCAGGUUACACUACACGAAUAAAAAAAUAAAGAUGGAAUCAAAAGAAAUUGUAUCAGUCAAGAGCUUGACAACCGAGAUAACUGAACCAAUUGACCGAAAAACGUCAUGCACAUUAGGUCCGAUUUUUGCGAAGGCAAAUCACAAAGAUAAACAGCUCUACACGAAAGGAGAGGACUUAAAGAAAAGUGGCUUAAUUGAUAUCGAUACAAGAGACAACGAUCCACAGAUGUGUAGUCAGUAUGUCGAAGAUAUAUAUCAUCACUUGUCCGCAGCUGAGCUUAGCCGUAGGCCCUCACUUGAUUACAUGGAAAAAGUACAGCGAGAUAUCAACCCGGCCAUGCGGGCUAUUCUGGUCGAUUGGCUUGUCGAGGUUUCGGACGAAUAUAAGAUGGCCUCCGAUACACUAUACUUGACUGUAAAUCUUAUAGAUAGAUUUCUAUCUCAGUAUUAUAUCGAGAAGCAAAAGUUGCAACUUCUUGGAGUCACCUGCAUGCUAAUUGCUUCGAAAUACGAAGAAAUAUAUGCUCCACGUGUGGAAGAAUUCUGCUUUAUUACAGAUAACACCUACACGAAAGAUGAGGUUGUAAAAAUGGAAACUUGUGUUCUGAACUGUUUGAGCUUUCAAUUAUCAGUUCCCACCACAAAGAAGUUCCUCAGGAGGUUCCUUCAUGCAGCACAAGUUUCAUACGAGGUUCCUUUAGCCGAGCUCGAAUUUUUGGCGAACUAUUUAGCCGAAUUAACGCUAACAGAUUACAGUUUCCUUAAAUUCCUGCCAUCCCUAAUUGCUGCUUCUGCUGUAUUUCUAGCAAGAUGGACACUUGAUCAAUCAGACAAUCCAUGGAAUCCAACUUUGGAGCAUUACACAAGGUACAAAGCAUCAGAGCUGAAAACUGCAGUUUUAGAACUGCAAGAGUUGCAGCUAAACACUAGAAGCUGUCCGCUUAAGGUUAUUCGCGAAAAAUACAAUCAAUCAAAGUUCAAGUGCGUUUCGACACUUUGUUCAUCAAAACCUGUGCAAUCGCUUUUCUGA